ACAAUCAAAGCAUAUGCUGCAGUACCUGAGUUAAAUUAUAUGAUCCAGAGGUGCAAACAAUUGAGUGGGUGAAGUGUUCAAUGACACCCAAGAACAAGGACAGCUACCCACCAGUUUUAGCUCUUUGUUCUACUCCGUCUACUUCCUCGAGUUCCAAGCACCAUUGACCUUUCUCUCUUUCACUACUCGGAUAGGGAUGCUUCAGAGAUGCAUCUGCUGCUGCUUCUCCCUCGAGGGGCGUGAGGCUGCACGAAGAUCACACAAGGGCCAUGGUGGCGGCGGCUAUCCUUGGGAAAUCUACACCCUGAAACAGCUCGUCCAUGCAACGAGGAACUUCCAUGAGGACAACAAGCUCGGAGAAGGCGGCUUUGGGACUGUCUACUGGGGUAGAACUGACAAAGGAGUGGAGAUCGCUGUGAAGCGGCUCAAGGCCAUGACGGCCAAGGCGGAGAUGGAGUUCGCCGUCGAAGUGGAGGUGCUGGGGAGGGUAAGGCACAAGAAUCUACUGAGCCUGAGAGGUUUCUACGCAGGUGGCGAGGAGAGGCUGAUCGUUUACGAUUACAUGCCCAACCACAGCCUGCUCAGCCAUCUCCAUGGCCGUCGCUCCGCCGAUCUGCUCCUCGACUGGCCUCGCAGGAUGCAGAUCGCCAUCGGAGCAGCGGAAGGACUCGCGUACUUGCACCAUGAGGCGAGCCCUCACAUCAUACACCGAGACGUGAAGACCAGCAACGUGCUGCUCGACGCCGACUUCUGCGCCAAAGUGGCCGACUUCGGGUUCGCGAAGCUGAUCCCGGAGGGAGUGAGCCACCUGACGACGAGGGUGAAGGGGACGCUGGGCUACCUCGCACCUGAGUACGCCAUGUGGGGGAAAGUCGCCGAGAGCUGCGACGUGUACAGCUUCGGCGUUCUGCUGCUGGAGAUCGUGAGCGCCAGGAAGCCCAUCGAGAAGCUACCCGGCGGCGUCAAGCGCGACAUAGUGCAGUGGGCGGCGCCGCUGGUGGAGAAGGGCGCGUGGGAGCGCAUCGCGGACCCACGCCUCGGGGAAAGGUUCGAGCCGGCGGAGCUGCGGAACGCGGUGGCGGUCGCCUUGCGGUGCACCGACCUCAACCCCGACAACCGGCCCACCAUGAAGGAAGCGGUGGAGCUCCUCAAAGGCCGGGGGUUGUGGAAGAGGACGAAGGAUGUAGCGGUGGAGAAGGCAAUCGGCGAGGAAGGGGACGAGGAGGAGGAUGCCGGAAUAAGCGAACCUUCUCAGCCUGAGAGGCAGAGCUGGAAAACCACAAUAGUGAGGUAGAGCAACGCUCUGUUCUCAUUAUCAAUGUCAACGUGUGGGACGUAAACUUAUAUAUAUAUAUAUAUAU